AUGUACGAGUACGGUGGUGCGCACGGCGAAGAGAACUGCGCCGAGGGUGUCCAUGUCGCCAUGGGGCCCGUCGCCGGGCCGCUCGUUGCUAUCAGACUUGAAGAUGUAAUCGCCCUCAUUCCAGCCGUGACCAUGACUACCUGGACAUGGAACUCAGAAAAUGUCUCCCCUGAACGCUACAUACAUAAGUUUCCUUACUGCGAACACCUGUCUAGCUGGAGGCAACAUCUUCAUGGCCUGGGUAGCGGGACUGUAAGUCCUGUACAUUCACCAUCUGAGAUGGGAAGCGCAGAACCUGACCCGAACAAAGAUAGCCUACCUCAUGAGCCAGAGGCAAGAUCUUUGAUCAUCGGAGCGUCCGUGACUGCUGCCUACGCCGUAGCCGCGGGCGUCAUGAUUCUUAUGUGGCCUGCGUCCAAGGCACUAUAUUUUGAGAGCCAAACGAGACCUCUCAAAGAGAGAUCUGGAGGGCAUAUGAAGCUGAAUUGCAUAUCUUUAGUCAAUCAUGGUUGGCCAACAACCAUUGUCACAUGGACCAUCACGGCCGCACUGCCCGAGAGGAUCGAGUCUGGCGAAGCCAAUGGUCUUGUUGUUUAG